GCCAUGGACUGCAAGGUGUUUUGUUUAUUUGCCAUUGCCCUCAUUGUUGGGUCUUUCAGCACCGCACAUGGACAGGCUGCACUAACUGAUAAUCAAUGUAACGUACAACCAGUCGCAAGAGUAAAUUGUGGGGAACCCGGCAUCACACCCGCCGAAUGCUUCAACAAGGGAUGCUGCUUUGAUCCAACUCCAGAUGCCAUCUGGUGCUUCUACGCUCGCCCAGAUGAUGAAUGCCUCUUGUAAUUGGAUUCUGA